AGCCCGGCAACCAAGAUCCAAAUCUUCGCCCAGCGACCCGGCGAUCCGAUCCGAUCCGGUCCCGGAUCCUCAGCCGACGCCGGCGACCAUGGCUCGCCGCCACCUCCUCCUGCUCCUCCCUCUCCUCGCGCUCGCCUCCUCCGUCGCCGUCGCGUCCGCCGAGGGGCAGGGAGACUCCGCCGCCUUCAUCGAUGGCGCCUCGCGCCGCUACCUGCGGGAUCAGCAAGGCGGCCAGGCCACUUCAAUGUCACUUGACGAAGUUUCUGCAGCUGUUUCUGUCUUGCUUGGUUUUGCGCCACCGGCCAUGCUACCUUCGGAAUCUUCUGCAAAGUUAAACAAAGUGCUACUCCCUAACCCAUUUGACAGACCGCGUGCUGUUUUCUUGAUGCAAAUCGACGAAUCCCAUGCCUCUGUCGAUGGCUUCAUAUCUGAAGCCGGUAGUGUUUUCAAAACCAAGAUUGAAGGUGCAGAAAAUGCCGCAACAGGGCUUACAGAUAAGGAUGAAUUAAUUGUCAUUCGUUCGGAUGAAUCUCUCGAUGUUCAGUCUGGAUCAGAUUCUCUUGAUAAUGAGCUCACUGACUUGGCAAUUUGGCUGGAGGGAUCAUAUCAGAAGACUGAUGGCAAGUUGAACAUUCCGUUAGAGAGUGGAAACAGUCUUACUCUACUUGUCUCUAAGAAUGCAGACUUGGAAUUUGCAUCCAGCCUGAUCUCUCUUCUUAACACCAUCAAAAGGGGUAUUCAGGUUCACGAAGAUUUCUCAGGUGGCAUUGUGAGCCCUGCAGAGUUAAUAGUGUGCCACUUCACAGGCAUUAAGGCUCUGGAAGGUGAAUAUGGUUCUGCGGAAAUUGUCAAGCAGGGAGCUGAAGUAGUUCGGACAGCUCUCACCAAAGCAUUUGAUCAGUUGCAGGCAGCAUAUAACGGGAAAAUUGUUGGGCUUGUAAUAUCCACAAAUGAGGCAUCAACAUCCUUGGCAUCCAUCAUUGACGCACCGUCUUCGUUGCAUAUCUCAAGACGGCUAGCAGAAGCAAGCAUGACUAAUGCUACAGCUUCAGCUUCUAUAGCUGCUAUUAUUCUUGUUAGAUUGAGUUUGGCAUGGACUACCGGGAUCAUCCUUCUUAUCUCGACUCUCAUUGGGAUUUGCUUGCUCAUGAACAUGCCGCUUACCAGGGAUACCCUCCUGUAUUCAAAUGUCAAGCUCGAUUAGUUUGUGCAAUAUAUGGAUUUUCACACGAUGACAUGGAAGUUUUCGACAGCCAUGCUUGGUUUUUUCCUUUUGGAUCAUGGGUUUUACCGUACAGUGGACUGUUUGUUUGCUGUACACCCAGUGUAGCAUAAAACACUGCUUCUAUGUGGAUCCCUCAUGGAGAAUCUGUACUGCUGCUGCCUGUAUGGGCUUCUCUUGUUUCCAGUAAAUAACAAUAAUCGAGAGGAGUGUAUUUUGUUGAUAUCUGUGACGAUUGUAUUAUUGCGGAAUACUAGUGUCUGAAUAAAUUCACUGCUCGAAUACUUGCAUUCA